UCUAGCCACAAACACGUGAAACCAAUGAAAAGAACAGGAACACAACAACUAUCUGCAGAACCAAAGCGUAGAGAGAGCUAGUUAAGAUGAAAAGAAAGGGAGCCUAUGAGAACCAGGAAGCUGUGAACAGAGGUCCUUGGUCUGCUGAGGAAGACCAAAUUCUUAUUAACUACGUUCACCUCCAUGGCGAAGGAAAAUGGGGGCAGAUUUCCAGAAGAACUGGUUUAAAGCGAGGGGGAAAGAGUUGCAGACUUCGAUGGUUGAAUUAUCUAAAACCAGAUAUCAAGAGAGGAAACAUUUCUUCGGAUGAAGAAGAUCUCAUUAUCAGACUACAUAGCCUCUUAGGGAAUAGAUGGUCGCUUAUUGCGGGAAGAUUGCCUGGGCGAACAGACAAUGAAAUCAAGAACUAUUGGAAUACUUAUUUGAGAAAGAAAGUAGAGGAGAAACACAAUGAUAACAACAACAACAUUCCUGUGGAAUUAAGAAUGGAAUCUCCAAACGCUUUUGGUAUUGCUAUUGAUCCUGCGAAAUCUUCUGAAGCAGUAAUGUGUACAGAGGUUAUGAUGGCAACUGAAGCAGUGAAUGAUUCAGUGAACGCAAAAAGUUUAAUUUCAACAAAUUAUAAUGAAAACCCGUUUGCGUCUGUCCCAGCAGAUCAUCCAGAAGGUUUGGGCAGACAGUUUGAUUUAACUGAGCUGUUAAUGCCGCAGGAGGAUUGUGAUUUCAAUGGAUAUGCUUGUGUUGAAAUACCCCCACAUUUUGGAGAACACUCCUGCAGGGUUAAUGACGCCAUGUGUGAAACAUGGUACGAUGAUUGGAAGAAUGAAGACUAUUUUCCACUAGACUAUGAUAUGGAUUUUCCUUUAUUUUAAUAAUAUAGUUCAUCACAAACCUCACAUAUAGUGUUUUCGGGUCCUUUUAGUAUUGUUAUUUAGUCAAAGUUUUUAUUUUAUCUCAAUAUUUCAUAUUACCAAGUUAUGGUUAUUGAGGUAGCUUUUUAACUUUGAUUAAAAAGUAGUACAAGAACUUUACCUAGAAUUAUAUCUAAGUUUUUUUUUUUUCUUUUUUCAUUGAUAAAAUAUUCCAUAGGAAAAUGGAAUUUGAUGGCA